CCGCAUUUGAUAGGCGAGUCACACGGACAAAUCUGCCUGGAUCUUCCCACCCAAAAUCCCGAUCGCCAUUUCGUUCCUCCGUCUACUUUGUCGCCUUGGGCGCUCAUUCAAGCCUUCGACGUCCACUAUGGUCUCUCAAGAAAUUCCGAAGAAGCUGGAGGGAUACGAGUUCUAUCGCCAGGUGCUGGGCAGCCCGAAGUACAUUGUCGCGCCCAUGGUGGAUCAGAGCGAACUGGCAUUUAGAAUUCUCUGUAGACGAUAUGGCAGCCAACUUAGCUCAUCUACACACCUAUGAUCAACGCUAGGAAGUUUGUUGAGAGUGCUAAACUGCGUACUGGGUUCUUCGAUAUGACCGCGGGAGAAGAAGGGCACCCGGAUACCGACCGACCGCUGAUGGUCCAGUUCUGUGCCAACGACCCAGAGUUCUUGCUCAAAGCGGCGAAGAUGGUGGAGAAGGACUGUGACGGGGUCGAUAUCAACCUAGGGUGCCCACAAGACAUCGCUAGACGGGGUCACUAUGGAUCGUUCCUUCAGGAUGAAUGGGACCUCAUCUUCUCCUUAAUAAAUACAUUGCACAAGAACCUCGCCGUGCCGGUGACCGCUAAGUUCCGAAUCUUCCCCACCAUCGAGAAGACCGUCGAAUACGCAAAGAUGCUGGAGCGGGCUGGGGCACAGAUCCUCACCUGCCAUGGUCGGCUACGGGAGCAGCGAGGUCACAACACUGGCUUAGCGUCGUUCGCACAUAUCAAAGCGGUCAAGGAAAAUGUAUCCGUUCCAGUGUUUGCCAACGGAAACGUGCUGUAUCAAGAAGACAUCGAGACAUGUCUUCGGGAGACAGGUUGUGAUGGUGUCAUGUCCGCCGAGGGCAUCUUGUACAACCCUGCGCUCUUCACCGGGCUCGCCGAGGCGAAAGAGCCAGAGUCGGUCGAUCCGGACGUCGCACUGCUGAAGCUGCAGCCAUCCGUCAUCUCGCUAGCGAAGGAGUACCUCUCCAUCGUCGGAAGCCUCCGCACGCAUACACCUUACAGCGCCGUUAAAGGCCACCUGUUCAAGAUCCUGCGCCCAGCGCUAAUGCAUCACAUCGACUUGCGCAAUCGAUUGGGCGAGAUUCGGGUGAUCAUCCCCAAAGGGAAAGACCGGCCAGUCGAUCAACCUUUCUGGGCCACCGGUCUCGAGACGUAUUUGGAGAUUGUGACUGAACUGGGCGAGCGUUUGAAGGCGGAUGAGGAGCGGGAGCGGGGCGGUGCUGAUGGCGAGACGAGGAAGAGUCUGACGGAACUCGUGAGUGUCCAGGAGGAAACUGGCUUGAAGAUCCUUCCUUGGUGGUUGGCGCAGCCUUACUGGAGACCCCUUCCGGAAGGAACAGUGCCAGGGACAGUGCCCAGCACAGGCAACAAGCGGCCCUCAGAAAAGCCUGUGGGUGCAGAAGGUCCCGAGAAGAGGCCGAGGGUCGACCGUUCGUCAUAAUCAUGCUGUUCUCCGUUGCUCUACACUUGAUUCUCGUCAUAUUCAUCGUCCAUCGGCUUGCAAUGAGAACGACAGAUCUGAAGACAGGAAGGAGUCGACCUUGAAUCUCGUGCCUCUGUCAAAUGAAGAAUAACGGCCUUGCACCUAUUUGAGGACAUUGGCGCGCUGUGAGCUCCGUGCUGAUGUAGAAAACGCACCUUCGGACUCGAAGGGAGGUACAUGUUCUCUGCGGCCCAGUUGCAGCACUAGCCAUUUGAGCACUUCCUCAUUGCGACGACUCACGGGAAUCAUAAUUUUACCACAUGCUAUAUCGACUGCUAGACGGAUCUGAGAAGGGAAGAGACUGAAUCAAACGACUGGCGGUUGGACAGUUCCCUACAGUUCAACGUCAGCUUCGACUAAUCAUGGAUUCGAAAAAAGCUGUCACUAGCCGUAACGGUUACGAGAUGUGACGUUAGGGGCAAGACACCCCUCUGCUGAUACCAUCAUGUCGCAUCGACGAACGGAUUCUGCUAGCUCGACCUGCACCGUCUUAACUUGCACAUCCGAUCAAUUCUGGGACGUAUACGACAAUGACAAGCUUUCCACCAUCGAGCUCGUCCGUGAUGUGCUCAAUAACGCCAUACGUCCCAGGAAAACCUUUCUCCGUCAGUCCGAUACACGGUUUCACCUCGACGACCUGCUAGUUGGUAUGCUUCAACAAGCGCCCGAUCCUUCCGGACAACGUUACGUAGCUGUGGCCCUUCUUAUUGCACACGAGAAAGGAACGGAGGCGGUGAUCGACAUUGCUAGAGCGUGGAUGGACUACCUCUUUCUCCCCAUGCUCAGUAUUGCUCGAGCCGUUAGGACCGAGCCUACCAGCAGCCAGACCCCAACCAUUGACACCACCGUACAGCACAUUGAAGGAGCGGACAGACUGGAACAAACUCGACUCAGAGACCUUACUAGCCAACGGGAACAACAUCGCUGUGCAAUCACCGGGGCAUUCGACCUGAGUUUCGUAUCGAAACUGUUACAACAAGGCCGUGGAAAGGAGAUACCUGAUGUUCCACAGCUUCGUAUGGAGGCGGCACAUAUCAUUCCGUUCCUCCUCAAUGACUUCGACAACAAACCCGAUAUAACCUCGGAAAUCAGGGAUGCUGCUCGCACAUGGGACAUGCUUCAGUCAUGGACAAACCUUGACCUCAGGAAGAUCCUUGGAUCAAAAAUCAACUCGCCUGCAAACGCCAUUUUUAUGACAGCCGAAGAGCACCACUCCUUCGGAAGGUUCCGUUUCUAUUUGGAUAAGCAAACGUACCCGGAUAUCCCAAACAGGUAUCAAGCUCGAAUGGUCCAGGAUGGCAGGAGAUUCAGUAAUGGAAGAGUAUCGACAAUUGUCGACUUCCGGAAAGUUGAAGGAAUCGACCUGCCCGACCCACAGUUUCUUGAGAUUCAUGCAGCUUUUGCAAGGGUCUUGAACCUCUGUGGUGCCGCAGAGUACUUCGAAAGUGUUGAGAGGAACGCUGAGGGGGGCAUGACGCUGCUCACGGACGGCACUACAGACAUCGAAUCGUUAUUGUUGUGUCGAUUACCUAUCGCCGCGUACUAGUCGUUCUGCACGCACGGAAAGCCUGUUUCCUUUCAUGUAGCCGCCGCCCAUUUCUGCACUGUUCCCGGACUCCCAAAUCCAAUAGGGCAUCCAAUAUACUCUACUUCUAACUUUG